GUUUAAGUAGGUCAAAUAUUUCUUUGUUGUGGCACGUUAAACGUGGAUUUUGAUUUACAUUGACAGACUAUAAGUUCAAUCUAGUUAUCGAUAAAGAAACUCGGAAAUAGUAAAUAAUUGAAAAUUGCAUGUGUAAAUAACAAAUUAGGUCAAGACAACCCGAGUCAAUUACACUUUACUACAGAGUUCGACUCGUAACGGGAAGAAGAAGAAGAAGAAGAAGAAGAAGAAGAACCAUUCCCUUGUUGUGUUAUAUUUUUGUGUAUGGACGUUAAACGUGAUUUUAGUUUUAAAACAUUGAGGAAAAGUUCAACCCAUUCAUCGACAAAGGAACUCGAAAAAGGGACAAACUUGAACUUAAAUCAUGUCAGCAACUGGAUCAGUCCGUGGAUUUACCGAGUUCGACGACCUUUGCCGCGGCCAUCAAGGUUACUCGUACAACCUUGCAGCCUUGUUCGAAUUAUGUGAUCAUGACGAAUUGAAUCGACAUAGGCAUGCAGUUUCUUUUUUGGAAGCUUUGAAAAGACUAAAACUAAAAAUAGUAGAUUCUUUUAGUGAUUUGCAUAUACAGACUAAACGAAAAGUGACCGAUUAUACAAUUGGUAAGACAUUUGUAAAACAAAAAAUAGGGGCUUCCUUUAACCCUAUGAAACCGAAUACGUGGUCUCUUGGAGGAGGAAUAAAUGGUAGAUGGCAUGAUUACAAGAAGGAUGAUUAUGACGGUUUAAUUGUGUUGGCAUGCAUUGAAAGGGAUCUUAUUCCGCAGAAUAUCAAAGAAUGCUACAAGAGGGCAAUUCAGAAAACAAUCGCAAUGAAUCAGCAAAAUUAUGCUCUUGCCCUGGAGCAGGCUUUGAUACAAUAUUAUGCAUUAAUCAAACCAGACGAAAGAAUGCGCAAUCAAUCCUUCGAUAUCGGCAAUUUAUCAAAGGAAAUAUACAAGGGAGGAAUUGUGUAUGUAGCGUAUAAACUUGAGCCAGAACCUUCUUAUUCAGAUGAUGAAUUGGAAGCACCUGCUAAUUCAGUUCCGGCCACCAAUGUUAAACAAGCAGCAAUUGAUCAUCUAAAUCUCCUGUUAAAGGAAAACGGAUUAUAUUUCUGCUGUGAUAUUUCAAAUGAUGGGAACUCGUUUUUCCAAGCAUGCAGCGAUCAGCUGAGUCGUCUUGAGUUAGCUAAGAUGGAUCAUUUACAACUCCGGCAACUUAUUAUUCCACAACUGAAAGAUGUGUCUGAUGAAAAGAAAGAAUCUAUCAAUUUAGCCAACGAAAGUUGGGAAACAUAUUUGACAACAAUUGAAAAGGAGGGAACAGUUGUCGGGGAUAUUGUUGUGGAAAGAAUGGCAAAGUUUUGGCGCAGAAAAAUUGUUAUCUACUCUCGUUCUGAUCCCGAUGAAAUAACAGAAGAAUUUGUAAACGAAGAAGAUGGGGUAAAUGGACCUCCACUCUUACUUGCAAAAGAAAAACUAUACUAUCAGAGUUUAAAAAGGGGUGAUGGUAACGUAGAGGUUAAAGGAGAAUCAACAAUCCUAAAAAGACCUGCACCUACAGAAGCAGCGGUGGCAAAUCCAUCAUCACCUUUAAAGAAACAAAAGAAAAAAACGCUCGUAGAUGAACAUAAGAUAUCGACUUCAACACCAUCAGGUGACAACGAAACAAAAACGGAACCAAAAGUUCAAUUCAUCCCACGACAGAAAAUUGACGAUGGGGCUCAGAUAACUGGUGGCAGAAACCCUUCAAAUACUUCAUCAUCAAAAAGUCUGUCUAAACCGAAAAUAAAUAUGUCUGCAGAUGAAAACACCUCAUCAUCACAAAGUCCAUCUAAACCGAAAAUACAAAUGUCUGCGAAUGAAAAUACUGCUACGUCAAAAGCUCCUUCUAAACCUAAAUUAAAUAUGUCUACAGAUGAGAAGAAGUUAAUUCUGAAGACUUAUAUAAAACAAGAAGUAAAAACCGACUGGGACAAACUUAGAGAAACUGUGUAUUUACAUCGUCAUGAAUGUUUACCACGAACAACAUUUGAGCAUUACGAGAAAACCCUUACCCCUGCCAGCUUAAAGCAGAGAAUCAAAUCGUUUAUCCAAUCUGUGAUGAGAGGUAAGAAAGAAAACGAGAAAGAUCUUGAGGUGAUAUACCUUAUCUCAAAGAUGAAUGAACAAACCUUGAACAAGUUAUCAUAGCAACAAUAACGUUUAGGUUUAGUCAAUAUACUAGCUAAAUGUAAUUUUCAAUCUUUUAUAGAUUGUAUUCAAAUAACAUUUUAGUUUGAAAGUUAUUUUAUAUAUAUUUUUUUUAUCAAUUUCAAAAAGAAAAUUGUGUUUUUUUUCCAUUUUACAGAUCAUUUUCUUUUGUACAUUUUAUAUAAACUUGUUACAUUGGCUGCAAUUGAUCACAGUGAUUUCUGAGUAAAAACAAACCAUUUUCAGUCAUCUGACGUCAAUCAACAUUUGGUGCUUUCAAGACAUCGGAUAUGACGUUGCAAGAAAAUGAAUUGGGAAUUAGUAGAAAAAGAUAUGGUUCCUUUUAUUUUAUACUUUGUUUCCAUUAAUCAGCAAAUGGUCAAUGUAAUGAAAGAAACAACUAAUUGAAUAAUUCAAAUUUAUAAAAAUAUUCAACUUGUGACCGAACAACACUGAUAACUUACUCAUAAUGAAACGUGCAUUCAGGAAUCGGUGUCAAUUUUGGUCAACCGUUAGAGAUUUCCAAUAUGUGUAUACCUUAAUUAGAUUUUCUAUAAAUAUAUGCCUUUGUCAUAAAUUUCAGAAAUCAGUUAUUCAAUUUUAUUUAUCAAAUUCGACAGGACGCCAUAACUUGAUGAGCAAGGUGGAGUUCGAUGAUCUAUGAUGAAGUGUAAUGAUUUAAUAUACAAGUUAUUAUCUUUAACAUUUAUAAGUUUAUAAGCUCUGAGAAAAAUAACGCAAAAUCGUGCAUCCUGGGAGUUUCCCGGACUCUUUUUGACAUUAAAAAGCUAUUUUUUCUCCACAAAAUUCUGGUCUCGAAGCAAAAACAUAGAUUGAUUAUAGUUUAAGACUUUUACAUUUUAUGGACAACAUUAAAAGACCGAUAUGUAGAAUAGAGCAAAAAUCGUAAUUCUCAAAAUCAUUAAUACCGGAUCUGUCUGUCUGUUCUCAUCUUGUAUUGUUCUUUGACUUUGGUGAUUUUUUAUGACUAGAUUUAAACAGAGUGACAGUGUAGUAUUAUACUUAAGUCGACACUAGGGACCAUCUUGGUAAAAAUUAUACUUUUUUUUUUUUAUUGUUGAAGAACCCUCCAGCAACGUUGACCAUUGAUCAUUAGUAUUUUUUCUAUGGAUUGACUUUGUGUGUGGUUUCGUGCACAUUAACACAAUAUUCCUUUAUUUUCUGGUUAAAGGUCUGAACAUGACUUAAUACAAGUUUAACCUUUCAAUGUUAAAGGUCAUAUGGCAAUACAUUAUUGUUUUUUUUCCUCAAAUUAUUUGAUAUCGGGAAAUUGGUGACCUUACUUUAAUUUAAACCAUGUCAGCUAUCUAGUUUUGUCCAAGAGGGGACCCACUGACUGCCUAAGACUAAGAGGGGACCCACCCCAGUUAUGCUUCAGUAAUUCCCUAGAUAAACAACCACAAAUUUUUCCCACAAAAGGGGGGCGUGCCCCCUGAAAAACCCUCUAAAUCUGCCUCUGAGAUUCCCUUAUUUUUUUUUACAAAACACCGCUGUAUCGCAAAUAUUGAAAUUUUAUAAAAAAGGAGAUGUGGUAUGAUAUGAAUGCCAAUGAGACAACUAUCCACCAAAGACCAAAAUGACACAAACAUAAACAAUUAUAGGUCACCGUACGGCCUUCAACAAUGAGCAAAGCCCACACCGCAUAAAGUCAUCUAUAAAAGGCCCCGAUAAGACAAUUUAAAACAAUUCAAGCGAGAAAACUAACGGCCUUAUUUAUGUAAAAAAAUUAACAAAACACAAAUAUGUAACACAUAAACAAACGUCAACCACUGAAUUACAGGCUCCUGACUUGGGACAGGCACAUAAAUAAAUAAUGUGGCGGGGUUAAACGUGUUAGUUGAUUGUUUCGAAGAGAUUCCAAUUAGUUUUUAAAAAAUGAAGCAAAACGUAUAAUGAUCUUAAGCUCGGGAUCACAAAAUAUGUAUUGUUUAUAUUUUUGAUUUAGUAGAUUGCUUAUGUUUUAUUCCUGUAGCAAGUGCAAACAUAUUUUAUUUUUAUAGUUAAUAUAAUCUGUAGACAGCCUUAUUAAAAAUUGCUUUGAUCAAAAUGAGUUACUUUCUUUACCUGAGAUCUCCCCCAGUUUUUGGUGGGGUUCGUGUUGCUUAGUCUUUAGUUUUCUAUGGUGUGUCUUGUGUACUAUUAUUUAUUUGUUUGUCUUUUUAAUUUUUUAGCCAUGGCAUUGUCAGAUUAUUUUCUAUCUAUGAGUAUGACUGUCCCUCUGGUAUCUUUCGCCCCUUUUUAAAUAAAGUUGUUUUUAUUAUUAUCAUUUUAUUGUACGCUAAAGAGCGAUAGUCGGUGCUCAGUAAAAUAUACAAAUGCCUUGCCGUCACCUAUUGUAAAAAUCGCUGACAAAUGGAUUUGUAUAUAAAAAAAGCCUCCAUGAAGAGGAGUAAUUGAU